AUGAAGUCUAUCAGCUCUACUCUGGCCCUCACGGCUACCAGCCUGCUUGCCUGGACUGGCAACGCAGAGCGGAUCGGCCGACGCAGCAAUAGCACGCUGCCUUUGGUGCAAGAUAAAGCCCUCGUCGAUUCCAUCGUACUCGAGGACUUGAUGACCUGCGCCCAGAGCCUGGAGGACAUCGCCUACGCGACACCAUACAGAAACCGACUUCACGGCACCGAAGGCCACCUCAACAGCGUCCAGUACUUCGUCGACGAGCUCAGCGCCCUCGGCGACUACUACGACAUCGAGAAGCAGGCAUUCACGACCGAGGUCACGAUCGCCUCGGCGGCCACGCUCGCCGUCAACGGCGAGACCCUCGAGGCGGGCGACUUUGAGUUCUCGAACAAUGGGACUUGGGCGGAUGUGCCGCUGGUUCCCGUCGCUAACCUGGGUUGCACUGCUGACGACCACCCGGACACCCUCGCCGGUAACAUUGCUCUUAUUGCUAGGGGUGACUGCACUUUCGUCGAGAAGAUCCAGUUCGCCGGGGCUAAGGGCGCCGUUGGUGCUAUCAUCUAUAACAACGAGGACGUUGGUAUCGUGAGCGGCACAUUAGGCGGCGCGAAUGACUUGAUCCCCGUAGGCGGCAUCUCCCGACCAGACGGCCUCCGCCUCCUCGAGGCGUACGAAGCCGGCAGCACGCCCCUCACCAGCACAGGAGAAUUCUGGGCCUACGUAGCCAACACGACCAGCUACAACGUAGUAGCGUCCUCCAAGCACGGCGACGCCGACAACGUGCUCUUCCUCGGCGCGCACUCGGACUCCGUGUCGGCCGGGCCCGGCAUCAACGACAACGGGUCCGGGUCCUGCGGCUUGCUGACCAUCGCCAAGGCGCUCGCGAGCUGGCGCACGAGCAACCAGGUGCGCUUCGCGUGGUGGACGGCCGAGGAGGAAGGGCUGCUGGGCGCGUACCACUACACGGAGACGGCGACGGCGGCCGUCAUGGACAAGAUCCGGCUUUAUCUUAAUUUUGACAUGAUUGCGUCGCCGAAUUACGUGCUGGGCAUCUACGACGGCGACGGCAGCAGUUUCAACGUCAGCGGCCCGGCCGGGUCGGCGCAGGCCGAGGCGCUGUUCGAGGCCUACUACGUAUCGCAGGACCUGUCGUUCGUCGGCGCCGAGUUCAGCGGCCGCAGCGACUACGGGCCCUUCCUGGAGGCCGGGGUGCCGUGCGGCGGGCUCGACACGGGCUCUGAUGGCACCAAGACGGCGGAGGAGGUCGAGCUGUUUGGAGGUGUCGCGGGGGAGUGGUACGACCAGAAUUAUCACUCGGCGGCCGACAAUGUGACGAAUUUGGCGACGGACGCGUUCGAGAUCACGAGCAAGGCCAUUUCGCAUGCGGUCGCGACGUAUGGGAGGGGCUGGGGGGACUUCCCGACGCGCAAUGCGACGACAUCGCGAGUCAAGUACGAACUCCGCGACGUGGACAACGCGGCAAAGACAGUAGUCUUCGUCCACGGCACACCAUGGUCUUCAAUCGUCUUCCGACCCAUAGCCGAAGCUCUAACAGCGACGUUCAGGUGCCGGAUCCUCUUGUACGACCUGCCCGGCUAUGGCGAGUCCCAGACCCGAGAAGAAGGCGCACAAUCUGAGCCAACAGACGGCAACGGCUUUGUAGGCGACACAUCUGUCAAGGCGCAAGCAGUCGUCCUCUCAGCCCUGCUCGGACACCUCCAGCUCGACGGCAAGAGCGGGCCAGGAAGCCAGCCGGCCGUGAUUGCACACGACAUCGCUGGCACGAUCGCUUUCCGGGCCCACGCCUUCCACGGCUGCAGGUACCGCAGCCUGAUGCUCCUCGAUACGAAUUGCAUCUUACCCUGGGGUGAUGGGUUUUAUAAGCUCGUAUGCUCGCAGCCAAAGGUCUUCACCGAGCUGCCGUUGGGCGUCUUCGAAGCCAUGGUACGGGCGGUGGUACGCAGUGCCUGCCACAACCCAGCCAAGCUCGCACCAGGCUGGGAGGAUGCGCUCGCGGCGCCGUGGGUGUCUUCUCCGACGCCCAACGCAGCUUCGUGA